AUGGGCCAUGAUUUAGCCAGGCUCACCGACGGUAUUGCGGCGUCGCUGCGCCAAUUCCACGUCUCGUCGACACGAUGUGAUGAAGAAAGGCAUCGCAAGCCUGUCGAUAGCACGGAGUCAGAGGACAGGAGUCCCUCCGACAGGGCCGGUGUGAGAUAUACCUCUAAGAACUUCUCCCUGGCCGCAAAGAAACAGCUCUCCCGUGCCGCCUCCUCCGAAAUCCAAGGCCUCCCCAUCAACCGUCCCACCAAAACCCCGAGUACCCCUGGUCGCAGCCCUCGAGCUGGUAGUGAUGGUCCAUCCAUUGAUCUGCGAGGCAUGAAUGCCGGGAAAGCUCCGAAUGCCACGAUAUCUAGAGUCUUGUCAUCGCCAAUACGACGGGGGAACCUAGUAGGGGGAACCCAAUUGCGCUUAAGCCGCGACCAAGGCCAAGGCCGCACGAGCACCGGGGUGCGAGUGGCACAGAGCAUACCAGACGGCAGAGCCGACCGAAGACCUCCCGUUGGCCGUGGCGGUACGCGAGGCCGAGCUGCUCGGGGAGGUGCUCGAGGUGGACGAAGAGGCGGCGCUGCUCGACGAGGAGCAGCAGGUGGGGAAUUCGAUGUUGAGGAGGAUGACAAAUCUGAUGAUAGGGACUUGUCGAAGGCAUGGCCGGAUGGCCUGCUCAAGGUCGUGCUGGAAGAAUACGAGCAGUCACGGCCUAAGGAAGUUCAGUUCAACCCGAGCAUCGCCAACAAGGAGGAGCUGCUGGGCCUGGGGGGAGCUACAGCAGCAACACCUGCCGGAGCACAAGACCUUCUCGAGGAGCGGUUCCGCCUCUUAGCUGACAGGAAGGACAUGACGGCUUUUUCAGCGAGACACCGACUCGCUGGACGGUUGUUAAGCGGAAAAUUGGUCAGAUUCAGGGAUGCAGAAGAGAAGGAAGCAGUGUUAUCUAUGGCGAACGAGAUGGCUAAGCAUGGUCCGGCCAUCGAUAUCACCUUUGCGCCAUUAGCAGACUUGGAUCCCACAGUCAGGGACCCCUUGGUUGGCAGCCUCGUCGGUGGGGCUUAUGAGCUCAGCGACGUGAGCGGCGGGAACAAGGAGGCUAGGACUAUGGCUUCGGUCGCUCAGCAUCUGGACAAGAACGGCACAUAUCUUGGCAAGGACAGGGACAGGCUGAUGAACGUUGUCAGAGGAUUAUUGCCCACUUCCAGACCAGCACCAUCGAAUACGGCUCGAAAGUAG